AUACAAAAAUUACAAAAUUAUAUUAUAUCUCCGGAUUUACCAAUACAUAAUCCUUUGCCAGAAGUUAUACCUCGACGCUUUGAUGAAACGCGUCUUUUACAUUUACCGAAAGGUGCUGCCAGCACCAAAUUAGUGCCACGUCGCGACUUUGUAACCGGCGAGAUUAUAGAAUUUGUCGAAGUAGACUUGGAAGAUGUUGGUGCCAACGCAUGCAACUCCACUUCAAUGCGCCGGGAGCCUGGUCUUCUAGAGGAAGCAACACGCGGAUCAGCUAUGAAUUUUCCUUUUUGGCCGGGUGGAUUAGAUGAACCGCCAAGGGAAAUCAAAAAGCUAAGCAUUGAUCUGGACUUUGGCACAGAACUGUUGACCCUGCCGCCAGGAUUUCGAAAAGGCUACAAUUUCGAGACCAACGUGGAAACACUUUCCCCUGGUUCAAUUUUGGUAAGCAAUGAUAAAGUAAAUCUCCUGGAAAAUUUAGAAAAGGAUCUCGAUGUUCAAGAGUGGCUUAAGUUGGCGGAACAACCAACGGAAGCUGAUUCGGUCACAGUUCUUGAUAACUCAACAGAAUUCAAAGAUGUAGAAGAGCAAAUUAUGAAUGCCGACCUUAAGCCAGUAUUGGAAAUCUCAAACACAAACACAAAGUCUGCUUUCAGUAGUGAAUGGGCUGAAAUGGUUGAUAUCUCGCAUCCUAUUGCUAGUUUCAAAGAGAAAAUUCCAUGCCCUGCCAUGACCUACCCAUUUGAGUUGGAUAUUUUCCAAAAACAGGCAAUUCUUAAAUUAGAAGAACGUCAAUAUGUCUUCGUAGCCGCGCAUACGUCUGCCGGUAAAACAGUAGUGGCAGAAUAUGCUAUAGCCCUGUCGCAACGCGAUUUAACGCGUACAAUAUACACUUCACCCAUUAAGGCGCUAUCUAAUCAAAAAUACCGCGACUUCAAAAAAACUUUCAAGGAUGUAGGACUGAUAACUGGCGAUCUACAAAUUGAUCCCACUGCUUCCUGCCUCAUUAUGACUACGGAGAUUUUGCGCUCCAUGCUUUACUGCGGUAGUGAAAUAACACGAGAUCUCGAAUAUGUUAUUUUUGACGAAGUACACUAUAUAAACAAUCCUGAACGUGGUCAUGUUUGGGAAGAGGUGAUAAUACUUCUUCCCGACCAUGUGAAUAUAAUUAUGUUGAGCGCUACAGUGCCGAAUACAAUGGAGCUAGCUGAUUGGGUUGGCAGCACUAAAAAAAGAAAAGUAUAUGUUAUAAGUACCCUUAAACGUCCAGUUCCUCUUAUGCAUUAUCUUUACACCGGGAGUGGUGGCAAGAGCAAAGAUGAUAUAUUUUUAUUAGUUGACGCAGAUGGUAAGUAUCUGCAGCAAAAUUACGAAAAGGCGGUAGAACGCAAGAAAGAAAUGCAAUCCAAGUCAAAAGGAGCGCAGGGUAGCGGCGGUCCGACAGCGAAAAACUUUGUAAGCGCUAAACAAGAUCAAAACAUGUGGAUCGGGCUAAUAGACUUUCUGAAGCGUAAUAACAAAAUGCCUGUUGUAGCGUUUACACUAUCACGCAAUCGUUGUGACAUCAAUUUGCAGGCUCUGCAAUCAGUUGACUUAAACACAGCUCGCGAAAAAGGAUCUGCGCAAAAAUUUUUCCAACAAUGUUUGCAAAAACUUAAACCGCCGGAUCGCCAAUUACCACAAGUGCUAACAAUGAAAGAUUCCCUCGAGCGAGGGAUAGGUGUUCACCACAGUGGGAUACUACCAAUACUUAAGGAGAUCGUGGAAAUGCUUUUUCAAUCUGGUUUAGUAAAGUUACUCUUCGCUACGGAAACAUUUGCAAUGGGUGUUAACAUGCCAGCACGUACAGUUAUUUUCGAUUCCCAUCGAAAAUAUGAUGGACUUGAAGUUCGAAAUCUGAAACCAGGGGAAUAUAUUCAAAUGGCUGGGCGCGCAGGGCGCCGUGGUCACGAUGAUAACGGGACGGUAAUAUUGUUGUGUAAAGCACAGGUCCCGCCUUCGAUGGAACUACGCUCAAUGAUUUUAGGUCAGCCGGAAAAAUUACAAUCGCAAUUUAUUUUGCGAUAUGCCGUAAUUUUGACUUGCUUGCGCAUUGAGAGUAUCAAAGUUGAAGACAUAAUACAGUUCACUUUUAAGGAGUUUAAUCAAAAACUGCAAAUACCAAUGCAAACGAAACAACUACAAGUGGCACAAGACAAAUUUGCACAACUGCCCGUUUUAGGUGAACACCUACAACCACUAUGUCGCUUUUACGAACUAGCGCAGGACUACCUUACGGAAAGACAGCGUCUUAUGAAAUAUUUAUUAUCACAACCUAAAAUAGCAAAAGAACUGAAAAUAGGUCGCGUACUUGUAGUGACACAAGGCAGACACUACAAUAAGUUGGGUGUAAUACUCUCUAUAAAAUCUACAACAGGGAAGGAUACAAUCUAUAGAUUAUUA